AUGCAUGCCGGCAAGGAAAAAAGGCCAUGCAAUACUGUAACAACUUAUGGUGGCAUUGAAAAUAUUAAGAAAAAUAUUAUUAAAAGUAAUAUAAAAGAAGUUAUACUUGCAUGUUCAGCAGCAUCAUGCAGUAAAACGCAGUACUGUAAUACUUACGGUUUAAUUAAUAAUAAUAGAAAUAAUAAUUAUAACAACAGUAAGCAAUAUUUUAAUAAGAAUACUAUUCGUAACUGCUCGACACAAAGCGCAGUAAGAAAUAAUUAUCAAUCAAAACUACUGCUCAUAGGAAGUCAUCAUAGUACUAAUGAUGAUUCGAAAAGUAUAAAAUUUAAAAAACCAUUGGAUAAUUGCUUAAUUUUGAAGAAAUAUAGACGUCAAGCGUUACUUUCUACACAUUAUUAUCACAAAAAGUCACUAAUAAAAGCAAGAAAAAAGGAUUUAUUCAAAAGUUAUUGUAAAAAGCAGAAAAUCGUUUACAAAUCAUACCGUAAUCUCAGACGUACUUCUUCCUCGCAUUUAUGUAAUACUGCCUCAUCAUUAUCAUCAUCAUCAUCAUCAUCAUCAUUAUCCUCAGUUCCAUCCAACAAUUGUUAUUUACAAAAACGGCAUAUUUUGCAUGCAAAUUUUAAAUUAUUCAUUUACUGGCACGCGAUUUCGUUGUUAGCUUGUUUUGUAGCAACAGGAAUUUGUGUACGUGCAGCGGUUAGUGAAUCUUCGUUUAAUUUGCAUAAUAUGAAUUCUGUAAAAGAAGAUAUAUCUAAUCUUGCGCAGCAUUUGACAUCAACUACUAAUCCAAGUACAGUUGUCAACACUGUUGGCACAACGUUUAUACAUGAAAAUCCAUUUUUGAAGUAUUCACGUUCUACUCUGGUACGUCUAGGAUUAUCAUCGGAUACAAUUUGUUAUAUUUGGUCAUCGCUUACGCCCUUUGAUUUAUGCAAAUUAUCACCUUGGCAACGUUAUCAGUUUUUACUUAAAAUUUCCAUAUUCAAACGUGAUUGUUCAGAAGAUAAUAAUAUAAAAGCUGCACAGUUAUUUCGUCUAAACGUGAAAUACGUUAAUAACGAAGCGGAUCUUCAAAUGCUUGCUAAAUUUUUACAUGAAGACAAUGAAGGACAAGCUUGUAUUUUGGCUCCAUCUGGUGCUCAACAGUGCCUUUCUUGCUUUCAGAAGGUUGAUCGAGGUAUAAAACAGGUAGAUAAAGCAUAUGAAAAAUUUAAUCUUACUUUACACCGAUUUGAUUGUUUACUGGCGGUCGAUACAGCGAGUGCAACAAGGCCUUUUUCACCGAAUGGUUCUUGCAGUGAUUGCAAGGUCCACAAUUUUUAUUUUCAAUCUUUCACAAAAAAAUAUUCCUUUUAA